GAAAUUAAGGUUGUGUUUUAUCUCUGUCCGCCGCUGUAUGAAUGUUUGAAGAGUGAACGAGAUGCAAGAUUGUACUUUCGGCCAUCAUAACCAUCUUUCUUUUCUUGUGCAACUGUUUCUCUUCGCUUCGGUCGUGUUCUAGUCUAGUGCAAACGCAGGAUGGGCGCCAUUCGUGCGAGAUAAUUUUCCUACCCUUGUGAAGUGAGACUGAUCGCGUCCACUGCCGGUUGUGUAGAUAUGCUAUAGUGAAUCUGGUGAUAGGUGCUUUCGGUCUGGCUGUGCGGUGUCGACGUGCGAGGAGCUCAGGAUCGAGGCGCGUGCAGCGACAGCAGCGCGAGGCAUGGCGGGUGCGAGCUGAAGGGACGGCCGCGGCCUCCGGUGUCAGGCCGCUCGCGCUCCGCCACCGGCCCGAUGAGCGGGGCACGUUCUGCGCGGCGGAGGUUAUUUUAUGGGUAUUUGCGUGAGCUGUCGGCGCCGCGAGCGGAAGGCACCCGAGAAAAGGACGGUGCCGAGCGCGGGCAGGCCCGCUAAGGGCACUGCGGCAGCUGAAUUGCUGCCUCGGCACAUUGAUCACCUGCCAGCCAUGGCCAACUCCAUAUCCAACAUCAAGAUGACCAACCCCAUCAAGAACAUGGUCAGCCGGCAACGGAUACGAUAUAUCAAGGAUGGAUUCAACCUGGACUUAGCCUACAUAACAGACAGGUUGAUAGCGAUGGGCUUCCCCGCCGAGAGGCUGGAGGCGGUGUACAGGAACCACAUCGACGAGGUGUACAGGUUCCUGGAACAGAUGCACAAGGACCACUACAAGAUAUACAACCUCUGCGCGGAGAGGUCUUACGACGAGAGCAAGUUCCACAGAAGGGUGGGACGGUACGCUUUUGAAGACCAUACGCCCCCCAACAUAGAGCUGAUACAGCCAUUUUGCGAAGAUGUCCACAAGUGGCUCAGUGAGGACCCGAGGAACGUUGCCGCUGUACACUGCAAGGCAGGGAAAGGACGCACGGGCACCAUGGUGUGCUGCUACCUGCUGUAUAGCGGGCAGAAAGCGACGGCAGACGAGGCGCUGCAGUUUUACGGGACGAAACGAACGCACGACGAAAAGGGCGUAACGAUACCAUCCCAACGUCGCUACGUGGAAUACUACGCGGCAUUGCUCAGCUCGGGCCUUCAGUACACGGCCACGGCUGUGUACAUCAGGGAGCUGGUGAUGUCCCCCUGUCCGCUGCUGAGCAGCGGCAGCUCUCUGGAGCUCAGUGUGUCGCAGGCGCAGCCGCCGGUUAAGACGCCGACAGGCUGCCACGAGGUGGUGUCGGCGGGCGCGCGCGUGCGCGUGAGCCUCACGCACUGCACGCCGCUGCGCGGGGACGUGCGCGUGGACGUCUACUGCAAGCCCAAGAUGAUGAUGCGCAAGGAGAGGCUCUUCCACUUCUGGUUCAACACCUUCUUCGUGGCCGCCGAGCUGGGCUCGCAGCGGAUACCGGCGCCCUCCGACAGUUCCCACGAGGAGACGUUCAAACUGACUCUCAGCAAAUGGCAGCUGGACGACGCGCACAAAGACAAGCAACACAAACUCUAUGCGCCUGAUUUCAAGGUGGAGCUCAUCGUGCAGAAGCAGCCCGCCGCGUCGCGCUUCCGCGCCGGCGCGCGCUGCUCGCCGCCCUCCUCCGGCUCCGACACCGAGCCCGACGCCGUCUGGGACUCCGGGCGCGUGGAGCGCGUGGGCCGCUACCGGCAGCUGUCGCCCGACGCGCCGCUCACGUAACUACAGCGAAUUCACGUGAAUCCACAUACUUGUGAGGGCGACAUGGACUCUCCACUUCUAUAAACCCCUGCUUUUCCUACAUGCCAAAGGCUUGAAAUCGAACUCUAACACGGUGCCGUAAAGACUAUUAUCCCUUGAAGCCUUUACCUUAGUGAUGUUAAACAGAACAGUUAGUGUUCUAUGUGUGUUAAAAUGUGUAGAUAUUUAAAUAUAAAUGGUAGUGUGCCAUUGCUGCGUACGGACUGAUGUGUAAGGUACGAGCUAUGUGAUUCGGAGUGCUAAGACGUUACGAGUGAACCUGGUACUAAAGCUACCUCGGUAUGAAGAUACGUUUUUAUUCUGUGGUUUCCGCGCCGCGAAUGUAUGUCACAAGCUAAGUUCUUGUCUAAUUAAUUUGUACGUAAAUCUUAUGACUGAUAAGUACAUCGGAUUAUUUUUUAAUCGUGAACGCAGCGUAGCGCUGUUACGAGGACAAUGCAGGUCAUGUUUUUCACGAGGUGAAUGAACUUUUUGUUUACGAUAGCGUUUAAUAUUGAUAACCAUGAUUGAUGUUGAAAUAGCCGAUAUUGCCACAUGGAAAAAAUAGCUGUUCGCUUUUUAAAUGUAGAUGUAACCGGCCAGUGUUGUAAAUCCUCUAAGCCCCUAAGGUUUUUGAUUUUCUGUUUGUGGACGCGUCCUAAUGUGGCAGGAACUUCAAGUAUUCUAUAUUUGAUUUUUAUUUUUUCUUAAAUUUGUAAUUGUGUUAUUCUUAUCCGAAAUAUUUUGAACGCAAUUCGGUGAUCAUAUAUCAUAUCACAUUUUAACACUACUUACUCAUUACAUUUACAUUUCCUGCCAAAUUUGGGUGCGUUCACAGUGUUGUAUGAUUUCAAAAUGUAUUUUUGAAAUAUUGUGUUCAUUUCGUGUACCUACCUAUAUGUUUGUAAGUUUUUAUCGAAGAAUUUUGAUUCUAAGUCUGCAUCUGAAAAUAAAAAAAAUAAAUAAAUUUUGAAGCGUGGUGCUUAUAAUGGCCAAUAGAGAAGAAAAUAAUUUCUCAAAAUCAAAAACAAGGUAGAACCAAAUAUUUUUGGUUUCACAAAUUUCGUAUGUAUAUUCCAAAAUGGUUAGCCGCGUUUGUAAUUGUCAUUAAUUCUGUUGAUGUGUGUGGAUAUUAAACAAAAGUAUUCAGUUUAGUUUACUUGAAAGCUAACGUUUUGUAUAAGAUAAUUUAAUUGGUCAGAUGUGAUUCGAAUGAUUGGGUAUUUGACGCACAAUAAAGCUGUCGAUCAGUCUUGAGGUAUUCGUAUUCAGUAUUAGAAAACGAUAGACCUUUUCUAAUACUAGACUAAUUGAUAAGCGACCCUACUUAUGCAGAGCAGUGCUAGAGGCUUAGUGCGUGUUUUAUUAAAGUUAUGUUAACGUUUACUGAACGUUAACUUAACGAAUUCCACGAAAUAACGCCCCCUGGUGGCAAAAGGCGGAGUAACUUAGAUCAUGUAGCACUAAUCUUCGUAAUUUAUUUACAACAACUCGCACUAAGCCCUCUGAAUAUCACGCAUUAAUUUAUGUUGUGUGUAACACAGUGUUAUAAAGGAACUAUAGAACUUAGAUAUAUAGGAUAUUCUUAUGUAUCGCUACGUUACAAAAUAUGCUUUCAUAUAAUGUAGUUAGUUAUGGGAUCAGGGAUAAGAGAUAUUUUUCAAAAUGAAUAUCUCUGUUCCAUUGUAUGUAUUCCUACUGUCUAAACAGAAAAUGGGAUGUGACUACUAAACUUGACUACGUUUUUGCAUCAUUGCAACACCAAAUUGAACCGUUAUGAUUGGUUGAAAAACACCCAACGUUGCUAGACAAGUGAAUACAACCCUAGUUUCUUUGCUAUUUUAUUUUUUUAAUUCUUUCGUCCCAUCAUUAACUAGAGAAUGAUUACUUUGCACAAGUUUAUAAAAUAUGUUGGUCCAUAGUUAGUCCAAACUUCAAGACACGAACGCAUCAGCUUAAUGAGCUGCUGGUGUGUUAUAAAUAAAAUAAAAUAAAAUAAAAUAAAUAAAUAAAUAGUCAAGUACCCAAUCGUAUUAGUUUGUUAUUUAUGUACUUUGAUAAUUUAAAGAAAUAUUUGCCGUGCGGCGAGGCAGUUGUUCCCACCAGCUAUUGACUAAGUCCCAGACGGACAGUUUAUAUUUUGUAUAGUUUCGAAAGAUCUCAGCGGCUGUCUUCAUUAGGUUUCAUUUAGAAUGCGGCGUAUUUUCUGUGAAAUUUUUAAUAAUUUUUAGUUUUUUCCCUAUUGUGAAUAUGUUUAUACCCGUUUAAAAAAAAAAAAUCGGUUACUGUUGUAAACUUUGAAAAUUACCCGCCAAAUUAUGCUCAAAUUUUAAUUUACACGAGUGAGAAAUACCAUUUGCUUUUUCACUCCAAAAGACGAAAAAUGUAUUUGAAGAACGUUAUACUGAGUAUUUGAAAUUAAUUAUGUGUGUUUCUAGAUUUAGACGCCAUAGAUUUUACCAUAAAAAAGCACUCACUUCUUAGGGACCAUAUAUCCAUUUUCUAUCAUGCCUAUUUGCGCUGUUGUUUUCGUGUAACAAACCCUAUCGGUUAAUUUCACAGUAAAUGCGACGCUACUAAAUAACUUCAAAAACUUAGAUCCAUUUAUGUAUCAAAAUAUUGAGUGCAUCAAAAUGCUGUGUUGGUCUUAGGAUGGUUGCUGUUCAAAUGCUUUCUUAUUGAAAUCGCUUAGAGUUUAUUUUAAACGUGGAAUGGGCGUGAAUUUUUCCUAAAUACAAUGGAAUAAUGCGACGAUAUGAUAUGACGAGUACUGCAUACGAUUUUCAACCUAGAAGCCAAUGCAGUAAAGAUUAGUUUGAUUGGUUUAACAGAAAACAUCCUAAGAUUAAUUUGAUUUAAUAGUUUUAUUCUUGUAUCGCGGAUACGCCCUGCUUUGUGAGACACGUGACACGAAUUUAUGGCAGUUUCAAUGUAUUCUGGGUUAAUCAAAUACACCAAUCGCUAUUAAUCUGAGUUUGAUGAGGGCUAACAUGAUUGAAUUCGCUGCUAGGGCAACUGGUUCAUUGUUGGAAGGUGUUGCAAGGCAUUGAAAAAAAAAUAUCAGCCAUAGUAACAGGUACUUCGUGAACGGGGAAUUACGUGAAAUGCUCCCAAAAUGGGAGGACAGAUCACCCGUUUCGUAAUAAUAAUUUCAGGACCUGAUUCGACCAUCGGCGCCAAAUGGUGAGCGAAGAAGUUGUAGCCCCAAUUGGAAUGUUAUUUCUUAAAUUGCGAAUAUUUUUUAUUUUCUUCCUGGCUGGUGAUAAAACAUACUUUAUCCUUUUAAGACUUCCAUUGAACAAACAUUAUUUGAUUUUGAAUCCAGAAUCAUUGAAGUCUCGCCGUUUUACUGCGCAGUACAACGCUGUCGACUGUAGAAUACAUGUUCUUUUUCAAAAUGCUAGGAACUUAUCCAGUAAAAAUGUUUUGUUUUUUUUCACACCUGAUUGUGGCAGUUGAACGACGUUCAAUUUAGAAUAACUCGGAAGUGUCAAAUGAUCCAACAAAACAUUGGAACUGAUGACGCCAGUAACGCCAUCUGGUACGAGUAAUUUUGGAAUAAAAUUUGGGACUUUGACCCCGUCCUCUCUUUGUAAUGGAUAGAAACAACUACUACUUAUUUUUUUUGUAAACACCCAUUCCUAGCCUUUUUGUAUAUCAGCUUACGCCUGUCACAGCUACACCACACUUAAAAUUUUUUAUUGUAAAUAUUAUUGUUACAUUAGAUUUAAUCCAGAUCUGUCUUAAAGUUAAGUAGGUGAUGUUCUGAGCGGAUUUUUAAAGUUAUGACAAGAGUACGAUGGCAGGCCCUGUCGAGUAUAAAUAAGGGUUUGUGUUUCUAUGACGUUUGGGUUUGAAAUGUGACGUAGAUAACUUGUUUUUGUUUUUCAUCUAAAACGGAGCGAUUCGUAAAGCAGAUGGCAGCACGAGCUCGCGUGGUAAACCAAGACGCUAUAUAUAAUACUGGAUCCCGCACUCCCAAGAACUUUUUGAUGCAAGGUAUAUAUAUUGCUAUCUCUUUCACCUGUGGCACGAUCUUAUAAGUAUUGCGAGGUAUAUACAUAGGUAUGACGUAACCUUUCACCGCGCAAGGAGAGAUCGGGCCACGAACAAAAGAGACAAUAUAUCUACUUUUCAUCAAAAAGUUCUUAGCGGUGCGGGCCCCAGUAUUAUUUAUAGCUUCAUGAGGUAAAAAAAAAAUGAUCCGUUGCUAGUGCAUAUGUCAAUGUCAUUUGUCAUAUCUGCACGCCAUAUGACUGUGCUGAGCUCUAGCGUGAUAUUAUCGCGGUAAUAUCCUAUUAUAAGAUUAGGACCAAUAAGCCAAGAACAUUUAUUCUUAUUAUCCUUGUGGUAACCAUUUUUGUUACGACGGAUUAAAGUGCAUAUAAUAACCCGUCUUAAUUUUACUAUAAUAAGAUUCAUUUUCAAGUAAUACAAUUCCGCGAGGAAAUGUAUAACAGAUAUGUCUAAUUAGCUCCUUUUCUAAUAGAAUGCUUAGUUCAGUAAUCUGACAGGAUAUAUAACCUCUGUUGUUCGUAAGCAAAUACGGUUACCAUACCGAUAACAAUUAUUAUCCGUGCUUGGGGUACAUAUAUUCUUAUUAUAUUCGGUGUAAAAUAAAUUGUGUUAGGGUUUCAGAUCAGACAGAAUGACCAAAUUGAAAGUUUGAUUAAAAGAAAAAAAACUAAAGAAGCUUCAGUAUCUAGUCCCGCAGACGUGGCUUUACAUUCGCUGACAACAUCAACGCGGCCAAUCUGUUAUUGAUAGCGCCACAUAUGGCCGCUGGUCUUUCGACUUUAUUACAAAAUCAAACUUCAAUUCGUCUGUCGAUUCGAUUUAUAAUUCUUCAAGAAAUUUGUCGUUGUUUUUCGCGCGAUUAAAGUCAUCUAUACCAGUGUGUUUAUAUAAUCACAAAUUACAAUUAUGAGAAACACUUCGGAACUUUGAAUACGCUUGAAUGUUAUAUUAUGUUGAAUUUUGUCAGUUUAUUGUGCGGGGAACGAUCAUUUUGAGUUAUCUAUGUCUUAGGUUCGGGUGGGUAAGGUUUAAAAUGCCAAUAUAUUGUUUAAAACUACCUAAAGUAUUAAAGAAAGCAAUGCCUAAUAUAAUAUAGGUCGUUAACUCCGUGCCGAUGUAAGGUAACGGACUAUAUUAGAAGAUUCGAGAGAAACUCCUUUAUCCCGCUCCACAUCUAUAAGCGCAUGGUACACGAAGUUACUUGCCUAUAAUUUUCGGCCUGUUUGUCCUUACGGCAAUGGUGAUCAAGGGAAGCCGUUGUGGCUUCAGAGUUUCUGAAUUAUCUGGCAUUUUGGACAAACUUGAUAAGGUAUAGUUAAGGAAUGGUUUAUGUAGGCUAGGUUAGUUCGGUACUGUAAGGUAGGAUAGCGACGUCAUAGAAAUGAACGGAAUAUGAAAUCGGAUAUGCUGCAUCCAACGUUAGUUAUAAAAAUUAUUUAAAAAAGUUGUCUUAGUUUCGGUUCGUUUAGGUUUCAUGAAGUUUUAGUCUCUUUAUAUUUCUUUCUAAAAGUGAGUCACGCAUAUGCUUCCAAUAAAAUUUUCGUUUUAAGUGUCAUGAACUCGCAACAUUUUCCUUUGCAUUAGUUUGUAAUUUAAUUUUUAAAUGUGUCCCCUUAGAAUUUGAAGUUUAGUGGUUAAAUGUUAAGUAUUGACUCAGACAUGUUUCUGAUAAUGUUUGUUUAAACUUCCAGUUUUUGUAAAUAAGCGCGUUAAAUUCCAAUCUAGGGCUGUCGCUUUCGAGUUCGCCCGGCGAAAAAGUUGAAAUUUUUUAUAAUUGUAAGCAGCAAAUACAAUCUAUUUGGCGUCCGCGACUUUAUAUAUGCAGAUAUAUAUCAUCAAGUACAAAUUAAGCGUGGUUAGUUGAAUCCGUCUUAGGCAGACGGGAGUGACUAAGUCUUAACUUAUUUCUUGUAAUAUUUAUUUUAGAAUUUCCGCAGUCAUAGUUGGUAUAGCUCACAGACGUGUAUGUUUGCACGGUCAUCUUGUUAUUGGUUUAUAUCUCGCCGUCUACUGUCCUUCAUCAAAGGUUUAGCUUUAAAGUUUGUUGUUUGCCUUAUAAAAAAAUGUGAUCUUAUGACGAAUAUACUUAAAGGGUGUCGCUGAGCUGCGUUCGCAGGCAUUUCUACAUUUUAGCGUAGUUUCUGGUCAGUCAUAAUUUGUUUGAAGAAAAAAAAAAAGAGCACAGGUGACGCCACUUUGAAAGAAAAAAAAACCGGUUUUAAAUAUUGUCGAAUCUUCACGUCUUGGUAUUUGACUGAUGCACAUUUCAAAAUAAAUUUGCAAUAGAAUUAUUGUGCCAAAACAUCUAGAAUUUCGUACGCGCAUUAUUGGUUCUUACUGCAUAUAUCCAGCGUGAACCGGUUUGAACUGAACAUGUUGGAUUCCUGCGAACGCAGCACGUCUGAAAGAAUAUGCCUUGUAUAAUGAUAACAAAAUGAAUUAAGUAAUAUAAGACUUGACGAUGUGCGAUGUAUUGAUACGCUCAGUAGAGGACUGUCAAUUGGAUACAGUGUAGUGUGGCGUAAAGGGCUUUAUUGGUGUGAGAUAGGCGUGCUGCGUUGUCAUUGGUCGAAUUAUGGCGCGGUUAUAUUAAAAAACAGAAUGCUAUUGCUUUUGAAUUGACCAACAAUGUGAAGUGAUCACGCAGCAUUGCCACCCGUUUAGAAGUUAGGGCUAUGAAUGGUGCCACGUUAAAUCUUUCCGUCUCUUUUUUUCCAACGCCACAGAUACUAGUAAAGCCCUCUCCGCAUUAAAGAAAAUAUAAAACUUUUUUAUGAAUCGUAAGUUCUUAGUACGCAAUAAUUAAUACAAAAAAAUAUGUAAAUUUUUCUUAUAGUAAGUAAAAGAUCUCAUAUUAAGUCUUAUUUUUGUUUUGUCUUUUUUAUAUUUUGAGGAUCUAUGGCAUAGUCGAGUUGAUUUAAAGACAACCUCUGUAAAUUAAAAUAUAUUGAUGUAUAUA